AUAGCCUGCAGUCAUAACACUGGUAAGUGAUUAUUAACGCCUGAGCGCACUGCUGUUAAUAUGACAGUAAUGAGCUCAUCUCAGCGAUCUCAGGUUAGACAUUUGAGCCAAAGAUCAGCGCUCAGAAAACGCGACACUGACCCAGAACGACUCAUAUUAGGGAUAAGAGAAUCGGGGGCGGGGUCUGGUCAGUUUCCCACAGAUAAAUGUUUGCGUUCAUAACAUAAGAAUCAUCGCUCGGAGCGUCUAUAUCAGGACUCACUCCAAAACACCGACUCUACUAAGAGGAUUUUAUCUAUGCUUAAGAUUGAAAUGGGUCCAGAGGAAAGAGCGCGUCUUCUGCUGGAUGCAGCGGCUGCGCUGAGCAGCAUCAGCACCUCUCGAGCCGUGCCUGCUGGAGCAGUGCUGGGUCCAUGUGCUCCAACACACACCUCAAUGUGUGACAGCAUCGCUUUCAUCGCCUGCAAGUGCACGGACAGACGAGAUACCGCCUAUGUGCUGCAGAUGGACCCAUCAGUGUCUAGCGAAUGUCUGCAGAUGAUUCAGUCAGCUAGGAAUGCAGAGGAGCAAAAUCUAGAGGCGUAUAUGAAGAACGGACAUCUAUUUUUCAGAGCCAUAAAGAAUAUUCCUGAAAACACAGAGCUUUUAGUUUGGUAUGGGAAAGAUCUAGCCAAACUGAUUGGCCUCGGCACAGAGCAAAAGAACACAAAAGGUUUAAUCUGCUCUGAAUGCAAGCAGAGUUUUCUCUUUGAAUUCCCUCUGUUGGCACACAAGAGAUUUUUCUGCAUAAAGAAACCUACAAGCCUCUUGAAGAAAAUCACCAUUCCAGAAAUGCAUUCAGUGACUAGCAAACCUACCACAAACUUCCACAAUUUAGCACGAGAGAUGGAGAACUGCAGGAAGAAUCGUCCCGCAGAUGCACAGAGCCCUAAAAGAAGACAUUCUCUUGAAUCAGACACAGAUGAGAGUGAUGGCGAACCGUCAUCUGUUGAUAUGCAUGGAGAUGAAAAGGUAUUAGUGAAAAGGUUUUGUGUUAAUGGGGUGAAUAGACGUUCCUGGUCAUCCGCCAGCAAAAAGUCUUUCAGUGAGGGCCGAAGUUCUCUAUGCAGCCAGCUACAAUGUCAUGACAACUGCACAACAGACCCAGACAAGCAGGAUUUUAAAUCUACUACAACGACCAAGUCUGCAUUCACUACUAGUGUGUCAAAAGACGCACAAGGUGAAAAGAACAAAAAGAGCGUGUUCACGCAACCUCCUCACAUCACACCUCAUAUGCUGCUCAUGUCAGCCAGUCUUACCAGCAACCUCAUCCCUAACCGGACAUCUAUCCUCCCCAGCAUUCUCCCACUCAACCUCCACAGCUCUGCUUUACUAAACAUGGAUCUUCCAAAACAGUUGGCUCUUCUUCCCAGUGCAAACCUUUGGUCCAAGACCUCCCGGGUGCAGCAUCCACACGCUACACAUUUGCAGUCGUUACUGACCCCCUCUCUGUCUUCUCUUGGUUUACCUAUCCAGAACUGGUGUGCUAAAUGCAAUCUUUCUUUUCAUAUGACAUCAGACCUGGUGCAACACAUGAGGUCCCACCACAAGAGGGCGCUGUCAGAUGAGAGACAGUCGAGGAACAGGAAUGAGAGGCUGAAGUGUCCCAUAUGUGACGAAACGUUCAGAGAGCGUCAUCACCUCUCACGUCACAUGACCUCUCAUACAUGAACUCAUGUUAAAAAAUAAAAAUAAAUACAUUUUUUUUUUUUUUUUUUUUUACAAAAUCUACCUAAAUGUUGUUAAAAAUGUUUACAUUUUAUUUAUUUAUUUUUUUUAAUUAAUAUGAAAUGUAAGUCUUAAAUGUAAAUUCUCUUUAAGCUCGUUAUAUAUUUUGUGAUCUUGUUUUUUUUUGCAUUAUCCAAUGCUAAUGCCAUCACCUGGGAAUGUGAAGGGAUAUCACUUACUAAACACACACACACAAAAAAAAUAAUAUUUAGAUUUGUAAGGUACUUUUUAAAGUAUUAAAUAACUGUUUGAUAAAUUGUACAUUUGAAUAAAAUGCCUAUUCAGGUAAAUCUGGCAAAACUGAGCCUUUUGUUUUUAAGGAAAUCUAAAAUAAAAAUGUGUUUUUUAAAUAACACUGUAUUUUACUCAUGCGCCUUUGUGUUA